AUUUGUUGUUCAUUUAACGCCGCUGACCGAACUGCCAAAUUGCUCCAACAAAUCGGUCACGUGAUCAAAAUAUGUUAUACGUGUCGAGUAGUAUUGCCCACACUGACAGAAACCGGUACGUUUUGUUCACUACGAUUCGGAAUACGUGUGUGUACGGCUCUAUACUUUCGAUGCAUUCGUACAGAUUCUCUUUGACAUCGAACCAGCAAGCAACGCGAAUGUAAAAGUGGUGUUCGAGUUGAAUCUUUUUUUUCCUCCUUUUUCUUUCGGCAAUAGUCAAAACGACCGAAAUACACAAAAAAAAUAACUAAAAUCGAAUAGUUAGCGAUUUAAAUUCGCUAGUUUGUCCGCAAUUUAUUUGUAAAAAAAAAUUAAGCAAACGUAUUAGACAGAAAAAAAAACUCCGACAAAAUGGGAAUUAAAUUUUUGGAAGUAAUUAAGCCAUUCUGCAGUAUUCUGCCUGAAAUUGCAAAACCAGAGCGAAAGAUUCAAUUCCGAGAAAAGGUGCUAUGGACGGCCAUAACACUGUUCAUUUUCUUGGUAUGCUGUCAGAUUCCGUUGUUUGGAAUCAUGAGCUCCGAUUCGGCCGAUCCAUUCUACUGGAUUCGUGUCAUUUUGGCAUCGAACAGAGGUACACUCAUGGAAUUGGGUAUUUCACCAAUUGUCACAUCCGGUUUGAUUAUGCAAUUGUUGGCCGGAGCGAAAAUCAUUGAAGUCGGUGACACACCAAAGGAUCGUGCAUUGUUCAAUGGUGCUCAAAAAUUGUUCGGUAUUGUCAUUACCGUCGGUCAAGCCAUUGUUUAUGUAAUGACUGGCAUGUAUGGUGAUCCAUCGGAAAUUGGAGCCGGUGUCUGCUUGUUGAUCAUUAUCCAAUUGUUCGUUGCCGGUUUGAUUGUGUUGCUUUUGGAUGAACUUUUGCAAAAGGGCUACGGUUUGGGAUCGGGUAUUUCACUUUUUAUCGCAACAAACAUUUGCGAAACCAUUGUAUGGAAGGCAUUCUCACCGGCCACCGUUAACACUGGCCGUGGUACAGAAUUCGAAGGUGCCGUGAUUGCAUUGUUCCACUUGUUGGCCACACGUCAAGACAAAGUGCGUGGUUUGCGCGAAGCUUUCUAUCGUCAAAACUUGCCAAAUUUGAUGAACCUCUUGGCUACCGUGCUCGUUUUUGCCGUGGUCAUAUACUUCCAAGGAUUCCGUGUUGAUGUACCAAUCAAAUCAGCACGUUACCGUGGCCAAUACAGCAGCUAUCCAAUCAAAUUGUUCUACACAUCAAACAUCCCAAUUAUCUUGCAAUCGGCCCUUGUCUCGAAUUUGUACGUCAUUUCGCAAAUGUUGGCCGUGAAAUUCCACGGUAACUUUUUGAUCAACUUGCUCGGUGUUUGGGCUGAUGUUGGUGGUGGCGGUCCAGCCCGUUCAUACCCAAUUGGUGGUCUCUGCUACUAUUUGUCACCACCAGAAAGUGUUGGACACAUUUUGCAAGAUCCAAUCCACGCUAUGUUGUACAUCGUCUUCAUGUUGGGCUCAUGCGCUUUCUUCUCAAAGACAUGGAUCGAUGUGUCAGGCAGCUCAGCUAAAGAUGUUGCCAAACAAUUGAAGGAACAACACAUGGUUAUGCGUGGUCACCGUGAAAACUCAAUGAUCCACGAAUUGAACCGAUACAUCCCAACUGCUGCUGCCUUCGGUGGUUUGUGCAUCGGUGCAUUGUCCGUGUUGGCCGAUUUUUUGGGAGCCAUCGGUUCGGGAACCGGUAUCUUGUUAGCCGUCACCAUUAUUUACCAAUACUUUGAAAUCUUUGUCAAAGAACAAUCGGAGAUGGGUGGCAUGAGCACACUUCUAUUCUAAAGCAAUUGUCAUCUUUAAAAUAGAAGUAAGCGUAUGUAGAACAUUAAAACAACAACAGCAUCAAAUGAUGAGGAAAUUUGAUUUGAGGAAGGAAAUAACAAUAAUAUGGAAUGAUAACGAAGAGUUAAACAGAUUUACAAUACUGGGAGCUAAACGAAUAUCACAAUUCAAAUUCAUCAAACAAACAACCACACACACGCGCAUUUGACAUUUCCGUCAACUCAACUCAUUAGAAAGUACCAUCAAUUUAUUAUAAUUUAAAGAGUAAAUCAUUUUUUUAAUUAAUGUGUAAAAUGUGUACAACUGUAAGAAGUGUUCAAGCGUAAUGAAAAAAAAUGAAAUCAUUUAGGCGAAUAAAUGUUGAUUAAAAACCGAUUGUACUGAAAUAAAACCAAACAGUUCUUUUGAAUUGAACGAGUGUCGAGUGUGCGAAUGGGUUCAGAGUUGAAUAUAUUUCGUUUGGAUUUUUUUCCAGCAAACAAACAACACCUUGCUGUUUUGUUGCUCUCUUUUUAUCGCUUCUGACAACGAAUUUCAUUCAACUUUUCAUUUGAUUGCCCAAAAUGUUCGAUACAUCCAGAGAUUUCUGCAAUUUUCUUUCACCCUAGGCUAAGAGAAUUAAGAAUGAAAACCUCAAAAAAUGUACUAUAAAGACAAGCUAUUUUCUAAUUUAUAUUAAAAUCUGAAAUAUUUUCAACAAAAA